AUGGGUCGCCCAUCGAGAGCAAAGCUCGGCGCCCUGUUGCGACCGGUCCUCUGUCUAGCUCUUCUGUUUUGCUUGAUCGAUCGGUGCGUCAGUCAAGAUGACAAUAGCACCAGCACCAGUAGUAGCACCACGACCGAGAGCUACAGCCACAUCUUGAAAAUCGAGAGGGGUCGAAAACCGACGCACCACCACGAGCCAAAUGAAACGGCCUCGAGAAGCAGCAGCAGCAGCAGCACCGAGAGAAGCAAGGGCCGACCGGAGUUCAGCAAGAACAAUCCCGAGGUCGACUGGAAGACGAACCUGCUGAAAGUCGCCGAGCAGGAGGCCAAGAGCCAUCAGAAGAAUCUCGAUCUGGACUUUAUGAAGGACAAGUUGGAAAAAAGUGCCAAUAGUAUACAGUGGUUGGCGGAUCUUUACGAUCCGCUAAGGUGGGUCAAAGUACCCGGGGACAUAAAGCCCGAGUGUCGCGGGGACCUGGACGCGUUCCUGCACGAUCUCAAGCACGGCAAGCUCUGGGCUGCUAAACUAUCGGACGCCAGCGGACGCUACUCGUCACAGUAUCACUUCGGAAAUGGCUUCUGGUUGGGCUCGAGCACUCUGUGCCGCGAGCUCAACUCCACCCAAGGUCACAGCAACCGCAACGACAGCCUACCCUUUUCCGUUCAAUUUUACGUCUCGCGUAUGCUGUUCGUGCUGCCCAGCAGCAUCGAGGCUACGACGCGGCAGGUGUUCAUCGGUCUCUGUCUGCCGAGCACGUGCGACCACGCAUCGGUCAAGUCGAUGCUGCGAGCUUGCGCCGACAGGGUCGAGCAGCAGGGCGAGGCCACUCAUCAUUCAACCGGCCCGAAAAUCCACAUUGUCCAAGUCAGAAAGGUACCCUCGAGCGAUUAUUCACCCUGGAACGACGCCAAGUUCUUCGCUCUUGCCUCCUCGAGCGGCCUGGUCUUUUUCCUGAUGCUGUGCGCGACGAUUUACGAGUACCGCAGCGGCGCGUUCAGCGGCGGAAAAGCCGUCACGCCGGACCUUGAGUCCCUGAGCGCGUCCAACAACAACGAGCGCAAAAUCGAGUACGCCGACAAGAAUCUGGCCGAGGAGCAGCAGCGCAUCACCUGCGGCAUGAGCGGCCUGGCCGGCAGCAACGGCGGCAGCGGCGGCGGUGACGGGGCCAACGACAAGGAGCUCAUCGAGAAAGCGGAGAAAGGCGUCAACGACGUCAUUGUCAAGGAUAGCCUCGCCCGUACCAAGGAUAAAAGCAUCUUACUGAGCUGUUUGCUAGCCUUCAGCCCGAUAGCCAAUGGCAGCAAGAUCAUCAGCACGGAACCGGCCACGAAAAGCAGUCUUACAUGUUUGCACGGCCUGCGAGUCCUGUCCCUCGGCUGGGUCGUCAUGGUUCACACCUAUUUACAAGUAUUUUCCAUCGCAGAGAACAAGAUUUUGCGCACCGUCACCGAGAGGAACUUCAUGUUUCAGACGAUCAGCAAUGCCACCUUCUCCGUCGACACGUUUUUCUUUAUCAGCGGUCUGCUGGUGACUAUAUUGUUCUAUCGCUCCCUGGCCUCUGGAACUUCGCCGAGCGAUAAGGGCAACUUUCUCAGCGCGAGCAUGAGCAAGUUCCUUAUCAUGAUACUCUACAGAUUUAUCCGCUUGACGCCGUCUUACCUCUUUGUGCUGGGCGUCAACGCGAUAGCCAUGCGUUACACCAUGACCGUGUCGGUAUUCUCGCCGCAGAUCAUCGAUCAAUACACCUGUGAGCAGUUCUGGUGGAGGAACGCACUCUACGUCAACUCGCUUUACCCGCGUACCGAGAUGUGCAUGCUGUGGAGUUGGUACAUGGCCAACGACAUGCAGUUCUACGUGCUGGGCAUCCUACUGCUGCUGCUGUCAGUCAAGUAUUUCCGCGCGGUCGCCUUCACGAUACUGGCCGUCAUGGUGUCUUCCUGCCUCACCACCUUCGUCAUCGCUUACAAAAACGAUUACAUAGCUAGGAUUCAAGAGCCAUUUGCGCUAUUCGACGAGCUUUACGACAAGCCUUGGCUGCGCGCUGGACCAUAUUUCAUCGGCACGAUGACCGGCUAUCUGCUUUUUAAGACCAACUGCAACAUCAAGAUGCCCAUCCUACUACGAGGAGUCGGCUGGGUCGCAUCGUCCCUGAUAAUGGGCUCGCUGGUUUACGGCCUGUAUCCGGAGAACCUGAGCGUCACGGUGAGCUCGGUGUACGCGGCGCUGGGCCACACCGCCUGGGCCAUCGCCGUCAGCUUCAUCGUCGUGCAGUGCUGCACCGGAGCGGCGCCCCUCGUCGACAAGCUGCUCUCGCUCAGGAUCAUCUAUCCGCUGUCGAGGCUGACCUACUGCGCCUACCUGGUGCACCCCACCAUGAUGAUGUUCACGGCUACGCAGAUGGACGGGCCUCUGCAUCUGCACAACGGCAUUGUCCUGAUCGUGUACUUUGGCAAUCUCGUGGCAGCCUUCCUUGUGGCGUUCUGCAUCUCCGUAGCGUUCGAGGCGCCCGUCGUUAAUCUACUCAAGCUGAUGCUGUCUCCGAAAAAGAGAUCGAGAUAGGAGGAGGUACGAAGCUCUGUCGCAAACAACAGCAACGACAAAAAAACCGUCCGAGAUGGGGCAUCCAGUAUAGGCUUAGCGGAAUAAACCAACUUUUGGAAUGUUCUACCGUGUUUUCACAUUAAGAACGACAUAUGUUUUUUCGUGACCAUACUUCCCACUGAAGAGAUUAUAUAAAUACUCCCGUUGGCUUCAGUAGCGGCGAAUCGUCCACGACACUAAUGUAUUCGUUCUAUAUUUUUUAAUUUUUUAAUUUUUUUGAAAUUAUUUUCCAUCUUUUUUUUCAUUUUUUUAAGGGAUUGAAAGAAUCGAAAAGUCUUCUUGUGCAAACGAUGCAAGCGACUGUAGAAGUAUAGCUAUUUUUUAGUAACUUUUAUUUUUAUUAUGGAAAUAGAAUUUAAGUAACCAAACCGAUUCAAUCGCAUAGAAUGACGAAGUAAAUACUCUCAUCGAAUGCAGAGGCCUUUCUCAAGCUCGAAAAAGUUCGGUGUUUCAAUUCUAUUUUCAUGUAUGUAUAAAAAAGUUUUUGCAGUUUUUUAAAGUUAUUACUUAACUAGAGAUUUAAGUGAGGCGAUUAAAGGUUUGAGCGAAUGAACGCUUGCAAACAUGUUUU